GAAAGCAGAUGCCAAUAGCUCCGCGCGUUGCGUGUCUAUAUUGUGACGGCAUGACGUUUUAGGUUCCCUCCCUCUAUAAAGACAGCAUCCCAGCAGAGGGAGGGGACAGUUAAGGUUUGUAGUAAGACCGCGCGGUACGUGUUAUUCGUCUAUUCACAGCGGAAGUGUGGUUGUUUUUUUUUUAAAAAAGGAUUUGUUCGCGAAAGAGAAGAGUGUGAAGAAAAAUGGCCCGUACCAAGCAGACUGCUCGUAAAUCCACUGGUGGCAAAGCUCCACGUAAACAGCUGGCUACUAAAGCUGCUAGGAAAAGCGCCCCCUCUACUGGCGGAGUCAAGAAACCUCAUCGCUACAGACCUGGUACUGUGGCGCUGCGUGAGAUUCGCCGUUACCAAAAGUCAACAGAACUUUUGAUUCGUAAGCUUCCAUUUCAGAGGCUCGUAAGGGAGAUUGCUCAAGAUUUCAAGACAGACUUAAGGUUCCAGAGUGCAGCCAUUGGUGCACUGCAGGAGGCUAGUGAAGCUUAUUUGGUGGGUCUGUUUGAAGACACAAAUCUCUGUGCCAUCCAUGCCAAGAGAGUUACCAUUAUGCCCAAAGACAUCCAGUUGGCUCGUAGGAUACGGGGCGAGAGGGCUUAAAAGGAAGCAGUUUUUAUGGUGUUUUGUAGUAAAUUCUGUAAAAUACUUUGGUUUCAAUUUGUGACUUUUUUUUGUAUGAAAUUGUUUAUAAUAUGUUACAUUUGUACUUAAGUCAUUCCAUCUUUCACUCAGGAUGAAUGCUAACAGUGACUGUUCACAUAAAACUCAGUGAUGUGAGCCCUGUUGCUCAAUAGUGACAAGUUGCUAAUAUGCAGAAGGGAUGGGUGAUCUUUCUUGCUUUUCAUGCAUGUUUCUGUAUGUUAAUGACUUGUUGGGUAGCUAAAAUUGUAAGGUACUAGAAUUGAUAUAAAUGUGUACAGGGUCCUUUUGCAAUAAAACUGGUUAUAACUUGAUUCAAGUGUUUAACAAUUGGGACUGUUAAGUCUGACCAUACAUCACUGUGACAGAAUGUGGACUUUCUAAAGGGGUAAAGAACAAGUCUUAACCACAGUGUAACUUGCAGUUUCCUAAAAAAAAAAGUAAAUCUGGCAGCUAUAGAAUACACUAUGUGCAUUUAUAAUAGCUAUUUUAUAUAUUGUAGUGUCAACAUUUUUAAAUUAAAUGUUUUACAUUCA